AUGAAUUAUCUACACAAAUAAUCUGAUUAAUAUUAUUAGGAUGCUUUGGAUAGUUAUAAUAAUGGAAAUAAUACUCCAAACAUUUAUGAACAUCCAUAAUUAUUGCAAACAUGUUCAUUUUCAAAAACCAAAUUUUAAAGAAGAACUCUUUCAUAAGGAAUCUUUUUUGUAGUUAUCUAUGUUUAUUUUUAUCGAUUUCAUUCUAAAAUGAGAUAUUAAUGA